AUGACCGCGUCUGUGUCAACGUGCGAGCCGGGCUACGGAGUGGAUACGACCUCUCCCACAGGCUGCAACGAGUGCAUCCAAGGGCUGUAUAGCGCUGGUGGCGACGCCACGGCGUGCUUGCCCGUCAAUUGCCCCGUCGGGUCCAUGGCGUUUGCCCGCGCCGUCAACAAGACGGACUGCCACCCGUGUGCCCCUGGCCAGUUCAGCGCUGGCGGGCAGUCCAUUUGCCACGAAGCUGACUGUCUCCCAGGGUUUGAAAUGCCUGUGGGCUCCAACAACCCAAACGACUGCGUCCCCUGCCAAGCCGGCAUGUACAGCACUGGGGCCACAGCCAUGUGCCAGCCCACGACGUGCGUGCCCGGCUUUGCUUCAUCCGCGCUGAAAGCGACAGAUCCCAUGGCCACAUGCGCUCCUUGCCCUGUGGGACACUUCGGUACCGGCAACGACGCGCAGUGCCAGCCCAUGACCUGUGCUCCCGGAACGGAAGGCAUUGCCAUGGCCAGCACGCCGACCAACUGCACGAAAUGCCCGGAUGGGUCCGUCUCGACCGGCGCGGCGGAAGCUUGCACGCCAUGCGAGCCGGGCUUCUUUGCCGCCUCGGGUGAUGCCAAGUGCCAACCCGCCGCCUGUCCGCCGGGUUGGCGCGCAAACGUUCCGUCGUCUGUAGCGACGAAUUGCACAGGGUGCCCGGUCGGAACUUUUUCGACGGGGGGACCGUCCAUUUGUCAACCUGCGACCUGCGCCCCGGGAUACUUCGCCCCCGAAGGCUCGACGAAGGCUGACAACUGCGAUAUAUGCCCCAUUGGCAUGUACUCUACUGGCGGCGAUGCACACUGCAAGUCCACGAUGUGCCAUCAAGGGUUCGGCGCCGUGGCGGGAGCGUCGGACGUGACAGGCAGCUGCGUGGCAUGUGAGCCCGGUUACUACAGCUUGGGCCAAAAGUCGCCGUGUUUACCCACGGCGUGCAAGCCAGGAUAUGCAUCCGACGUUCACGGGAAUCACUUGGCGGAAGCGAUGUGCACGUUGUGCCCCCAGGGCUACUACAGCGUUGGCGGCUCGGGGCAGUGCACCCCCGCCACGUGCGCGCCUGGUUUCAUGCUUCCCCAGGGUGCCGCCGACGGCAACUCGAGUUGUGGCGCCGACGUCAUCGACAGGCAGUGCACGCCGUGCUUGGCUGGUACGUACUCGCCAGGCGGCGCCGCCACGUGCAAGCCGGCCAGUUGCCCGACUGGGUUCUCCGCUCCCCCCGGGUCGUCCACGGCCAAAGGGGACUGCAUCCGUUGCGCUGUCGGGUUUUACUCUACUGGCGAGUCCACCAACUGCAUUCCGUGUGGGUGUAUCGCCAACACGGCGUGCUUCUCGUCCAACUCGUCGGCGUGUUCGCCGUGCCCGAUUGGCACCGUCAGCUCGGGCGGGUUCCAGCAAUGCUUGCCGCCUCUGGAGGCGACGUCCUACGUCCAAGCGCUGCUCGACUUGGAUGGCUACGCUGUUGCGUACUUUAACCAGACGCUCGUGGACGCCGUCGUGGCUGGUGCGACGAGCUACAUCGGCGUGCCCGUCGAGGUCGUUGAGCGCACGUCAUCGUCUGCUUCGUCGUGGGAGGCACUGCACAGCGGGUCGUGCCAGAUUCGACUUGCAUUCGUCGCCACCAACGCGACGACGAUCCCGUUGUACCGCAACUUGUCGGACGUCCUGACCACCGCCGCGUUCACCACGGCAUUGCAAGCACAAGGUCUCGGGCAGCUCAAGGCCGUGCAGGUGCAGCAGCUCACAGCCAUCAAGGACGGCGAAGCCCUCGACCAAACGGCGCUGGUUCCAGCGACGAGUGCCAAUAAUCGCACCAACAGCUUGGUCCUUGUCGGGAUUGUGACGGCGGUCGUGGCCGUUGUUGUCGUGGCGGCGUUUGCGCUCCGCCUCGCCAAGUUCAAUCAAACGCAUGACGCGGACGAUGGGCUGGUCGGGGCCAUGAACAGGCCGCGCAAGGAAGUGUUUAGCCGCAGCAAGUCGAAACAGCACACAAGUGCCCCUGCCACGAUCCCCCAACGACCGUACGUGUAG